AUGGCUCUAAAUGAUUGCUUCCUUCAGACCAUGCCCUGCAACAUCUCCAACCACAGUGUGGAUCUCCCCAUGAGCGAGGACUGGUUCCACCGGGGCAUCCUCUAUGUCAUCCCUGCAGUUUAUGGAGUCAUCAUUCUGAUAGGCCUCAUUGGCAACAUCACCCUGAUCAAGAUCUUUUGUACCGUGAAGUCCAUGCGAAAUGUACCAAACCUGUUCAUCUCCAGCCUGGCUUUGGGAGACCUGCUCCUCCUGGUAACGUGUGCUCCCGUGGAUGCCAGCAGGUACCUGGCCGACAGAUGGCUGUUUGGCAGGAUUGGCUGCAAGCUGAUCCCCUUUAUACAGCUUACCUCAGUGGGGGUGUCGGUCUUCACACUCACGGCCCUCUCAGCAGACAGGUACAAAGCCAUUGUCCGGCCAAUGGAUAUCCAAGCCUCUCAUGCCCUGAUGAAGAUCUGCCUCAAAGCUGCAUUGAUCUGGAUCAUCUCCAUGCUGCUGGCCAUCCCAGAAGCUGUGUUUUCGGAUCUACACCCUUUUCAUGAGGAAAGCACCAAUCAGACCUUCAUUAGCUGUGCACCAUACCCACACUCUAAUGAGCUGCACCCCAAAAUCCACUCCACGGCUUCCUUUCUGAUCUUCUACAUCAUCCCACUGUCGAUCAUUUCUGUCUACUACUACUUUAUUGCCAAAAAUCUGAUCCAGAGUGCUUACAAUCUGCCUGUGGAAGGGAAUAUACAUGUCAAGAAGCAGAUCGAAUCCCGGAAGCGCCUCGCCAAGACAGUGCUGGUGUUCGUGGGCCUCUUUGCCUUCUGCUGGCUUCCUAACCAUGUCAUCUACCUGUACCGCUCCUACCACUACUCCAAGGUGGACACUUCCAUGCUCCACUUCGUCACCAGUAUCUGCGCCCGCCUCCUGGCCUUCACCAACUCCUGUGUCAACCCUUUUGCCCUCUACCUACUGAGCAAGAGUUUCAGGAAGCAAUUCAACACCCAGCUCCUCUGUUGCCGCCCUGGCCUGUUGACCCGGUCUCACAGCACUGGCAGAAGUACCACCUGCAUGACCUCCUUCAAGAGUACCAACCCUUCCGCGGCCACUUUCAGCCUUAUCAAUGGCAACAUCUGUCAUGAGGGGUACGUCUAG